GUGGCCUCGGAGCGGGAGGAGUGGUGGUGGCGCUAUGGCCGAGACGAGUGGGGAAGUGGCUUCCGUGCCUGCGGCCGGGGCUGCCAAUGGCCUCAACAACGGGCCAGGCGGCAUCUCGGCUCAGUCCAACAACCCGCUGUCUCGCAAGCUGCAUAAGAUCCUGGAGACACGGCUGGACAACGACAAGGAGAUGUUGGAAGCUCUCAAGGCACUUUCAGCCUUUUUUGUUGAAAAUAGUUUGCGUACACGGAGAAAUUUACGUGGAGAUAUUGAACGCAGAAGUUUAUCCAUCAAUGAAGAAUUUGUAAGCAUUUUCAAAGAAGUGAAGGAGGAACUUGAAAGCAUAAAUGAAGAUGUUCAAGCAAUGAGCAGCUGUUGUCAAGAUAUGACAAACCGCUUACAGGCAGCAAAGGAACAAACUCAAGAUUUGAUAGUGAAAACUACUAAGCUUCAGGCUGAAAGUCAAAGACUAGAAAUCCGAGCACAGGUCGCUGAUGCCUUCUUGUCCAAGUUCCAGUUGACUUCUGAGGAAAUGGGUCUGCUCCGUGGCACCAGAGAAGGACCUGUGACUGAGGAUUUUUUCAAGGCAUUGGGAAGAGUAAAACAGAUUCAUAAUGACAUCAAAGUUCUCCUGCGUACGAACCAGCAAACAGCAGGUUUGGAAAUUAUGGAACAGAUGGCCUUGCUUCAAGAAACAGCUUAUGAAAGACUUUACCGAUGGGCUCAAAGUGAAUGCAGAACAUUGACGCAUGAAUCCUGUGACAUAUCACCGGUACUAACUCAGGCAAUGGAAGCACUGCAGGACAGACCUGUCUUAUAUAAGUAUACCUUAGAUGAAUUUGGAACAGCCAGAAGAAGUACAGUUGUUCGUGGAUUUAUUGAUGCCCUUACAAGAGGAGGUCCAGGAAGUACACCGAGACCCAUUGAGAUGCACUCCCAUGACCCUUUGAGGUAUGUGGGCGACAUGCUAGCCUGGCUCCAUCAAGCUACUGCUUCUGAGAAGGAGCACCUGGAAGCGCUCUUAAAGCACGUGCCUACGCAAGAUGUUGAAGAAAAUAUUCAAGAAGUUGUUGGACAUAUCACUGAGGGUGUGUGCAGGCCUCUAAAGGUUCGAAUUGAACAAGUAAUACUUGCUGAACCAGGGGCAGUUUUAUUAUAUAAAAUCUCUAACCUCCUCAAAUUUUACCACCAUACAAUCAGUGGCAUUGUUGGAAAUAGUGCGACCACGCUAUUGACUACCAUUGAAGAAAUGCAUUUACUAAGCAAAAAAAUCUUCUUUAAUAGUUUGAGUCUACAUGCAAGUAAAUUAAUGGACAAGGUUGAACUCCCACCACCUGACCUUGGACCAAGUUCUGCACUAAACCAGACACUCACGUUGUUGCGUGAAGUUUUGGCUUCUCAUGAUUCUUCAGUCAUUCCUUUAGAUGCUCGCCAAGCUGAUUUCGUGCAAGUUUUAUCAUGUGUCUUGGAUCCUCUGCUCCAGAUGUGUACUGUGUCAGCCAGCAAUUUAGGCACAGCUGAUAUGGCCACUUUCAUGGUCAAUUCUCUGUAUAUGAUGAAGACAACAUUAGCUCUGUUUGAAUUCACUGACAGACGUCUGGAAAUGCUUCAAUUUCAGAUUGAAGCACAUUUGGACACACUAAUAAAUGAGCAAGCCUCUUAUGUCUUAACUAGAGUUGGCUUGAGUUAUAUCUAUAACACUGUACAACAGCAUAAGCCUGAACAGGGCUCUUUAGCUAAUUUGCCAAACCUAGACUCUGUGGCACUGAAGGCAGUGAUGGUUCAGUUUGAUCGUUACCUGUCAGCCCCAGACAGCCUGCUCAUGCCUCAGCUGAGCUUGCUUCUAAGUGCUACAGUAAAAGAGCAGAUUAUAAAACAGUCCACAGAACUGAUCUGCAGAGCCUAUGGUGAAGUGUAUGCAGCCGUGUUGAAUCCCAUCAAUGAGUACAAAGAUCCAGAGACCAUCCUACACCGAUCACCACAGCAAGUGCAAACACUUCUCUCCUGAUUGUCUUGUUUGUUCUGUUGGCACGCUGUCACAUUCCUAAGACACUGAAGACUGCCGUUGUUUUAGAAGACUUAUCAUUUACAUUUGAUAGAAUUUUCUUUGUGUCAUGAGAUUGUAGAUUAAAAUAAUGCCCUUUGCAUUCACUAACCUGAAAGUAAGCAUGAUGCUGGCCUGAGUUCAUAUUGCCCCCUUUCAGCUUCAUAGAAGUGCUCUAUUGUAGGCUGCAUUUCUAGCUCUGUAAUUUCCAUCAACUCUGGAACACAAAUAUAUGGGAGAAGAGGACUGAGAGAUUUGGCUAAUUUUUUUUUUUUACAAAACUAGUUUUUAGUUGAUAGCAUCUAAAAAUUGUGUGAGGUUAAGAAUUAGCUUGAGGUUAUGAUCCAAUAAAUGUCUCUUUAUCCAAAGAUUCAUUUCCUUUCUUUUUAGGUAUUGAUGUAAGUUGACUUCAUGACUUUUUGGAAUGUUACCUGUAUCUUUUUCUCCAGAACUGUCUCAAAGUGUUAGAAGAAAGGAAAAGAGACAGUAGUUUGUGCUGCUGGUGUACCCAGCCGGGCAUCUACUUACUGUUUUUGUAAUUGACUAUGUGUUUAUGUGUAAUUGUAAAUAUACAGUUAGCAAAAAGGAAAAAAGCAGUGAAGUCAUUUAAAUACAGUGUGGAUGCCUGUGGAUGCCCUGGAGGAAAGCCGGACCUUGCUUUGAGUGUCAGGUCGGGAGAUGCAUGUUUAAGAACAGGUGUUGGCUGAACAGUGUGCACUCUACAUCCAUCCAGCAACAAACAUUGACUGCCGGAGGAGCAGUUGCUAGUAGGCAGUGAAUUUGCCUCCAGAAGGGUGACCCAGGCUGUAACUUGAGAAGGGGUUUUCUUUUCAACGCUUUUGUUAACUGUAAGUGCACAUUUGCAGACUGGACUGUGUAGAACUUUUCAGUAGAAGCAUAUUUGUGUACUGAUAAAAUCAGCUUAAUCCACAGUUUACUUUCUUUGACAUCACUUUAUGAUUAGAAGCUUAGGUUUUUAAUCCAGGAAAUAUAUACUAGGUUCCUGUAAACUGAUGAACAUUCAGAAUCACUGUAGUUGUUAACAACUGCAUGGGUUUGAUGUGGUUUUAUUUUGUUAAGGUUUUCAAAACUGUUCUUACUAGUCCUCCCCCCAAAAAUCUUGAUUUUUGGUAGAGAAAAGAGGUAGUUUUUAAGCUAUGAAUUGAGAAAACCAAGGCACAAAAGAAAAAGUUAACUAGUUCAAAAAUUUUGUAAAGUAAUAAAAUUGAUACUUAUAGAUUUGACAUAUCAAAUUUGUGUUUGUAGAACAUAGUUUAUUAACAUGCCUGAAGCUUACACUUGUUUAUACCUACUGUGAUUCUUUUAGAGUGAGAAUGAUUGAUGAUGUUUCAUCUAUUCUUGUACAAAACUAUAUUUUUAUUCCUUUUCCUUCGAAGAUUAAAUAAGGCAUAUAAAAGAUAUA